AGGGAGAUAGCGUAAGUUUAAGUGACAUACCUAUAUUUCCGUGAUUAAAGGUCACUCUCUGCCAUUGUAUAUUUGGGAGAAGGAGCUCUGGUGCUGUCGACGACACAACGUUUAUUUGUUUCUAGCAAAUUCAUCAGGACAAUGAACUUGAUGUUGACUGCUUCCUCCAAACAUGAGGAUUUGGUGAAAGAGUUGAGAAUUGACAUGGAAAAAAACUUGGAGCCUGAGUUUCAUCCUAAUGAGUGCUGUAUUUAUAGGGUUAAUAAAAGUCUUCGUGAUGUAAAUAAACAAGCCUACACUCCGCAAAUGGUUUCCAUCGGCCCUCUUCACCAUGGGAAUAAAAGAUUGGAAAACAUGGAAAAGAAAAAGAGAAACUAUAUGAAAUGUUUUCUUGAAAAAAGAAUAACAAUUGAGAAACAAGAUGACAUUUUUAGUUUCGUCCAAAUGAAUGAAAAUAAUAUACGUAAUUGCUAUGCAGAGAUAUCUAAACUUAAGAGUCAUGAAUACAUAAUGAUGAUUUUAUAUGAUGUUAUCUUCAUUAUAGAACUAUUCAUAAGGGUGUCUGAGGGUACAAGUGAUUCAAUUUUGUCUACAACAAGUAUAAGACAAACUUUAAUGUUGGACUUGGAAUUACUUGAGAAUCAACUUCCAUACUUUGUCCUUGAAGAAAUACAUAAGUUAGCUUCUUACUCUGACAUGCGUUCCUUCAUGGAUAUUUCUUGUUCUUUCUUUGGAUAUUUUAAUAAUUGUGAGUUGAUUAAAUUAACUCCCGGAUUUUCGGUAAAACAUUUCAUUGAUUGGAAAAGAAGUACUCUACUGGAAAAGUAUAAAGGAUCAAGUAAGAAUGAAGGAUAUAUUGAGGGUAUGCCAUGCGCUACGAAGCUACAUGAGUCUGGAGUGAAGUUUAAGAAAACUGAACAAGAACGCAAGCCAUUAUUUAAAAAGGAUGGACAUGAGUUGCAACUACCACAUAUAGAAAUAGUCGAUGGGCAUGAAUGUAUGCUUAGAAAUGUUAUAGCUUUGGAGCAACACCUUUAUCCAAAAGAUACUCAUAUUUGCAAUUACGUUCAACUAAUGGAUUGCCUUAUCGACGAUGAAAAGGAUGUGGAUUUGCUUGUUGGGAGUGGAAUUAUUUCUAAUAGUUUGGGUGACAAUUCUUCAGUAGCAAAUAUGUUUAACAAACUUGGUCAAAAUAUCAAUCUAAGCAGAUCUUUUUACUAUGACAUGUGUGAAGAGCUUAAAGUACACUGUGACAAUCGUUGGAACAAAGCGAUGGCAACGUUAAGAAGAGUUUAUUUCAGCAACUUGUGGAGAGGCACUGGAACUAUUGCGGCAGUUAUACUUCUACUGUUAACUGUCAUGCAAACCAUAUGUUCUAUCUUACAAGUCGUGUAAUUUUCAUUUAUAUCUGCAACCGUCUUGCAUUUCAGUUGUUUCAAUCUGAAUAAUGAUCAAAAGCUAAAGUGUAAUUUUCAUUUAUACUUGUACCUGUAUUGCAUGUCAGUUGUUUCAUUAUGAAUAAUAAUCAAAAGCUAGCUUUCUCA